AUGACCUUUGAAUAUGUUCACAAGACCCAGACAGCACACCAAGAAGUGACGGACACAGAGGGCCCUGAGCCCGGCUCCACUCCUCAUGCCAACAACCGUGUGAGACGCAGUUUCCACCAUGGCUUUAAGGAAGCCAUGUUUUUAGCUGCAGGACUGAGCUUGGAAGAUGGCUCCGGGGCGGGCGCCGGCGGCUUGGCCCGCGCGGGGACUGGGCCUGAGCACGUGCGGAGCGCGGUGGAGGAAGCCUGCACAGCACCAGGCGACCCCUGCACGGUGAGGAAUUCUUGGCACUGUGUGGUGCGCAUCCUGGCUGGGGUGGAAAGCCCCCAGCUUAACGAGUGUCUCUGCACUGGCGAGCUCUAGUGUCCUGUGAACAAGUUUCUUGGACAGAAAUGCAUCCAUAGCGCAGACACUGUGAGAGAGGACGAUACAUUGAAACGGGAUCUGGCUACGGCCCCUCCUCUCGGACGCGGGCGGAGCGGGUCGUGCUGGGACGCGGCGCGGGCGUGCUUGGAGGACGCGCGCUGCAACACGCGGCUGGCCCCCUUCCUCCAGGCCUGCCCGGCCGGCGGGCGCCCCUGCGACCCGGAGCGGUGCCGGGCCGCCGCCAGGCGCUUCUACCGGAGCUCGCCGCCGGCCACGGCCCGGGCGCUGGCCCUGUGCGGCUGCGAGGGCCCCGACGACCGCGACGCGCUCUGCCGCCCGGCGCGGGAGGCCGUGCACGGGCUGCGCUGCGCGCGCCCCGCCCCGCGCCCCGCCUGCCUGCAGGUGGCCCGCCAGUGCGCGCGCGACGGGCUGUGCAGAGGGCGCUAUCAGGCAUUUCAGUCGGCGUGCUGGCCCCAGGUGGCGGGGAAGUGCCAGGAGGACGAGGCUUGCAUCGGUCUGUUGAGCAAACAGGACCUGCGUUGCUCCGGAAAUGACGCGUGCAAAGCCGCCUUCGUGGGGACGCUGGGCACGGUCCUUCAAGAGCAGUGCACCUGCCGGGCCGCGGCGCAGAGUGAAGAGGCCGCGUGUAGGACCUUCCAGCACCUGCUUCAGAGGACGUCGUGCUUCACCGAUGCGGAAGAUGUGCUUACUGGACCCGUCAUUCCGUGGGUGGGGUUUGGACCCCUCGUGGGGCCGGCCGUCCGGGGCUUCGACCCAGACCGGAGGGUCCAGCCUGGCCCCGGCAGCCUCACGGCUGGGCAGCCACGCUCUCUGGCCCGGACCCUUCGAGUCAUCCGCCCUGAGACUCCUACAUGA